AAGAGGUGGAGCAUGUCCGGUCUGGAAAGCGGUUACUGAGGAGAAGAUGGUGGAAUUUGAAACAGUAAUGUGCUCGAUACUCUGUCCCAAACACUGUGACAAAUAUUUUCUAUCUCAACCUGGCAUUAGAUAUCGGCUACCCGGAGACAAUCACAGAUAAUAUAUUCUGAAACAUUGAAGAAAACGACAUUCAUCGGGUUGUAAGAGCUCACUCGAUGAUAUUGUCUGCCGUGGUGGCUGAAACGUGGUGCCACUGAAAACACGACGUGGGUGUAUUGUUAGUUUGGCUAGCCAAGUUUUGGCUAUAUUUGUUUUGGAAAUCUGGUGUCAUCGCACAAACGAAGAACUUGAAUAUCAUCUGGGAUUGUGUUCAAAAAGACUGACACCGGUGGUGCCCUGCUGACAAUUGGAAGGGAAGUGGUGAAGAAACCUGACUGGCGACAUGCCAAGGAUUAAAAAAGGGAAACGUGGUUCGAACAAGUGCUCUCUCCGACAUGAGGUUCUACAAUUGCAGCUGUCAGCCAAGGGCCCCCUGUCUCUCAAAGGCGGGAGGAAUGGGGUGAAGGGUGAGUCGGGUGCCAGUGAUGAUGAGCUGGCGUCUGACGUGCUCAGUCACUACAGCAGCGCCAGCGAGAGCGCCUCGGUCGUGGACGAGGCCACUGGGGGAGGUGGUGAACCAGUAGAUGAACAGACUGCCCAGGAGGAGACGGAGGACAAGCUGAAACAAUGCAUAGAUAACCUGAUGGACAAAAGUGCAAAGACGCGCCUGGCAGCCCUAAGCUCUCUGGGAGGGGCCUUUUCCUCCAAGCUGCUCUAUGACUUCCUGAUAGAGCGGCGCCUCACCGUCAGCGACUGCCUGGAGAGGUGCCUGCGCAAGGGUGGUGGAGAGGAGCAGGCUGCAGCGGCCACAGUGUGUGCCCAGCUGUGUGUGCAGCUCGGCGGGGGGGACGAGGGCGAGGAGGGUUUCAAGAUCCUCCGGCCCGUCCUCAGCGCCAUCAUGAUUGACGGCUGUGCCAGUGUGGCCGCCCGCCAGAGUUGUGCCCGAGCGCUGGGUAUGUGCUGCUACGUUUCUGCUGCGGAAGACGGAGAGGACUUGGUGAAAUCCAUGAGUCACCUGGAGAGUGUGUUCACCAUGUCGUACCCCAACCGCGAGGGCACCCUGCCCACCCCCAAUGCCGGUGCCCCUGGGCUCCACAGCGCCGCCCUGCAUGCCUGGGCCCUGCUCGUCACCCUCUGCCCCGCCUCCCGCCUCACUGUGCUGCUGGACCUACAUCUACCCAAGCUACAGGCCUGCCUGGAGAGCAGCGACGUGAACUACAGGAUAGCUGUGGGGAUGACCAUAGCCUUGCUGGUUGAACUGGGAAGAGAUAUAGACAGGGAAUUUGAGUUUGAAGACAGCGACACGCUGUGCGAGUGCCUGAAGGGCCUGGCCACCGACGGGAACAAGCACCGUGCCAAGAACGACAGGCGGAAACAGCGCACCAUAUUCAGAGAGGUGUUACAUUACAUAGAGAAUGAGGACUUCUCCGAGGAGAACAUCCGCUUUGGUGUGGAGGGCAUCUACAUCGACAGCUGGAUGCGCAGGAGGGUCUACGACGCCUUCAAAGAGGUGCUGGAGUCUGGAGUGAGACACCAUCUUCAGUUUAACCCGCUGCUGAGGGACAUAUUUGGCCUGGGACCCCCCCAGAUACUGGACUCGUCUGUCAAAUCCAGCAAGAUCUCCCGUUUCGAGAAGCAUCUGUUCAACUCUGCGGCAUUCAAAGCCAGGACUAAACUAAGGAACAAAGUGAGGGACAAGAGAGCAGAUGUGAUGUGAGGAAUUGAUGGAACGUGCCGUAGCCAUAUAGGACGAAGACCGAGGAGAAGAAUACUGGGGUGUAUUCAUUGAAGCGAAAGGUCUGGAAUGUUGGAGACCAAUGUGAUGAAUAGAGCUGACAUGAUUUCCUAUACAAAAUGACAGACAAUCAUGUCUGUUCUACACAGUACAUUUCUAUAGUGAACCUUCUGUAACGUUGCACCCUCCUUCCUGUACAGCCCCCUGGCCCAAAUUGUCAUCAUGCCCCCUACCCUUCGUCUCACAGGACCCAGUGGCUGCUGCCAAACCAGGGACUUGGCAGACAAUGCAAACGUGUGUUUUCAUUUAAUUUAACACCACAAUAAAACUGACCUAUGAGAUGCCUGAAAAAAAAAAAAAGGUUGUUUAUUGUACCCUUUUUAAAAUUAAUAUUUUGGAUGAACAUCUAAACCUUUUUUGGUCAUGUAUUUUACUUUCUAAUUUAUUGAAAGUGGGAGAACAGUAUGAUUUUUAAAGUAAGUUAUUUUUAGACUUCAAAUAUGGGAAGAAGACUAAGAGAAUUAAGGUGUCAUUUUUCAUGUAUAUUUUUAUGCAGGUUGGUUGUGCAUAAUAAUGCAUAUGUAUAUACAAAUGCAUAUGUAUGUAUUCAAGGAGUGCAUUGAACAAUGGAGAUGUAUUUUGACAAGCAAUGCUAUGUAAUAACCCAAAGGGUUAGGCAAAUUAAUUGAUUAUGGAUAAAUGAAAUGUAAUAAACACUCACACCAAG